UCGGCGGUGAAUCAGCGACUUUGACCGCAUUAGAAACGUUCAGAAACGCAGAUUUAAUAAUUUCGUGUCGAUCUGAGAGGAUCUGAGGCAGAUAUAAACGCGGUUUCGGUGUUUGAGUUUCAAUUUCGAUUUGAAGAAAAAUCGUUAUUUUGUUUAACGGAGCGUGAGAAUGGAGAUCUGCGGUCUUGUGACUGAGAAGAAUGAGCCAGUGCCUCUGAAGAGCAUCUCAGUGGAGGUUCUGGUUCAGGAUCAUGUAGCCACAGUCUCCUCCACUCUGCAGUAUGUGAAUGAGGAAGAGCGCCCCCUGGAGGCCUUGUUCGUCUUCCCUCUGCCUGCUGAUGCUGCUGUCUGCCACUUCAGUGCCAAGAUCGGAGAGCAGGAGAUUGUGGCAGAGGUGCAGGACAGAGAAACCGCGAGGGAUCGGUAUGAUGACGCUGUGAGUUCGGGUCAGCAGGCGUUUCUGUUGGAAGAGAGCACAGUGAGUCCUGAUGUGUUCAGACUGAGUGUCGGGUGUCUGUCGGCAGGUCAGAACGCUGCCGUCACCAUCAUCUACGUCACCGAGCUUGCUGUGCAGGCCGACCACUCGCUGCGCUUCUGUCUGCCGGCUGUACUCAACCCCCGAUACACACCAGCAGGUACUACAGCAGCUCUGACACACACUUUAUUAGAGCAGAGAAGCAGUAUGGGAGUCAUGAUGAAUGAAAAGAAAGGAGCACAAAUGCGCAUAGAAAGUGCAAAGGACACUCUGCUGUUACUGUUGAAGAGUCUGCCCAUGGGGUGCUACUUCAAUAUCUAUGGAUUUGGCUCUGAUUUUGAGUCCUUCUUCCCUCAGAGUGUUGAGUACAAUCAGGACACAAUGGAUCAGGCUCUGAAGAGAGUGAAGGAAAUUAAAGCAGACAUGGGCGGCACAGAGAUAUUACAGCCUCUAAAACACAUUUACAGUCAGCCCUGUUACCCCGAUCACCCCAGACAGCUGUUCGUCUUCACUGAUGGAGAGGCGGUAGACACUAAAGAGGUGCUGGAUCUGGUGAAAAGUCACGCUCACUCUCACAGGUGUUUCUCAUUGGGGAUUGGUGAGGGUGCGAGUGCCGCCCUCAUCACAGGAAUGGCCAGGGAGGGAUCUGGUCACGCUCAGUUCAUCACAGACACCGACCGCAUGCAGCCCAAAGUGAUGCAGUCGCUCAGGUUUGCGCUGCAGCCCGCUGUGCUUAAUAUCUCUGUGGAUUGGACCCUUCCAGAUGAUGUUACUGUUGACACACUGUCUCCACCCAUCAAUGUGCUGUUCCAGGGUCCAAGGACACUCAUUUAUGCCCAACUUAAAGGAGAAAGUUCAGGAGGCUCUGAGGGAACAGUGACAGUCAAAUACAGUCUUAAAGAUCAACCAGUAACAAACCAGCUCCACUUCUGCCUCAAACCAACUGAGAAAACAGAGUUGUCUAUUCACCGGCUGGCGGCUCGGACCCUGAUCCGUUCUCUGGAGCAGAAGGAGAGGUCCGGUGCUGCAGAUGUUGAGGGCAUCAGGAGCAGGAUCGUGGAGCUCAGUGUUCAGGCAGGAGUGAGCAGUGUUCAUACAGCCUUCAUUGCUGUGAAUAAAGACAGCAGACAGACUGUGAAAGGACCGCUGGUGAAGAGAAGAGUGCCGAUAUAUGGUUAUAUUAUGAUAAUGUAUAUGACAUUUUUCUGUGUGUUAUUUUUUAUUUCAGAUCACAUAGCACCCCGCGAGUUUCGUUUAUCUGCACAUGAACAAUUGUUUCACUGCUCAAAGAUGAUGUCGUUCACAGAGCGAGCAGUCUUAAAAAUGUCUAAUUGGGUACCAGAAGUGACUGCACCCAAACAGAGGAUCGGAUUCAUGACAAAGAUCCAGAAUUUUUUCCGCCGUCGUUCUAAGACUGCGACUGCCGUGUCUGAUAAAACAGACUCUGAAAGCAAAAUUGAUUCUGCUCCUGAGCUCCAGAAGGACCUGUUACUGCAGCUGGUUUUUCUCCAAAAGGCGUCAGGCUGCUGGGAUCUGGACGCCACGCUGGCUGAUGUGUUUGGGAAGACGGAGGAUGAGCUGACCAAUCAGAAACCAGCGCAGGUGGAUGGGUCAGUAUGGGCCACUCUCCUGGCUCUGAUCUGGUUAUACGGCUGUAAAAUAGAGCAGCAGGUGGAGUGGCAGUUUGUGGCCAUGAAGGCAGCGUCAUGGAUCGGCUCUCAGAAAGUGGGAGAUCUGUCUCAGUGUGUGUGUGGGGGGAAUGUCCUGCUCGGAUGUCAGGUGACCAAAGAGACUCUGGGAAUCUGAAGACGUCAGUGUUUCUACAUGCAGUGCCAUAUAACUGCCAAACACACACAUACAUACACAUAUGUAUGCAUAUAUAUGAAUGAUAUUAAUAAAUUUAAACCAUGGCUUUUCUAACUACGUCAACAACAGACCCAAAUGGAUAAAAACAGCAUGUGUGCCAAGCCAGAAUAUUUUGCCAACAAAAAGCUGCUGAUCUACAAAUAACUGUUUAACAAUAUAUUUGUUCACUUCAUAAAUCAUCAGUAUGAAUGUU